GCGGGAUCAGCAUUUCCCAAAACGGAAAAGUCCGCGGUUGGCGCCGGUUCGUUUCGAGCCGGACGCCGGUCGGGCCGAGUUCUGCUGAGGAAUAAGACCUGCCCUUCUCCUUCUUCCUCUCUUCUCUGUUCAACUACUAUCUCCUCCUGCUAUCAGAAUACAUGCAAUGGACUCCCUCUCCAUAUCCCAGUCCUUCAGACUCGCCUCCAGAGCUCGCGAAAAACUGUCAAAAGCAGCUCGCAAGUCUGACCACGACCUCCGCGUCCUCGUCUCCCACGCAAACCUCCUCGACGCUCUCAUGAGUCACCUCUCCAACUUCGAUAUCCCUGCUCACUCCUCUUCCUCGUCGCUCGUGCUGCCCAGCAGUACCGGGCACGACUACUUUUAUGAGUACGACUCGGACUCGGACUCUGACGAGGACGAAGGGUCUGAUGACGGCUCGGACGGCUCGGAGGAUGAUGACGAGGUUGACCGGCUAGUCGACAACGACUACGACGAUCUCGACGACCUCGACGACCUCGACGACGGCUUUGGUCUCGAAGCAAUGCGCUCGCAACUCAUCAGCUCGCACUCCGCCCCUUCCUCCCCUCGCGUCCUUCCCUCCCCGUCAUCCUCCUCUCCCAUCUUCUCCCUCUCCCUCUCCGACUCCGACUCUGACGACGACGACGACGACGAGAAAGAUAUCUACUCAGACUCGGACGACUCUGAAGACGACGGCCCAGACUCAUUUUACUCCUCCGCAAACAUGCACCGCUUCGUCGCCCGCGAGGUCGCCGCCGACUCUUCCGACGACCUCGACCUCGACGCCGAUCUUCCCGAACUCGUCCGCGUCGUCUCCCACGCCGUCGCCCCGCACGCUCUCAUCCCGGACUCGUGCUCGGACGAGUCGGAUUACUCAUCCUUGUCUUCCUAUACUACUUCUGAUGAUGACGACGAGCAUAAUCCUGAUCACCUCGCGCUGCCGCCGCCGGUCUACACUCCUGUCUGCAGUCCGCAGCACGUCCAUUUCGAGAAACAGUGUCCUCCGAGCGCGACUUUAGUUGACGUUGCUUAGCUGUUUACUGUUAUGUUUAUGAUUCUACCUGUAUAUAUCUCUCCUCUAUGUCUCUACGUCUUUUCUCUAUGCUUUUCUCUAUGUCUUUAUGUCUGCUCAUCUGGUUUCUGGCGUUCGGUGUCUAUCUUGUCUAUUCUUACAUUCACUCUCUAAUGUCAUCAUUCUUAUGAAUUCACUAUCUCCUACUAUCUUAUCCACCAUCACAUCUACGACGACAUCACACCUCCGUCGAUGAUUAAUCCCUGAUUAUAAAUCCAUCAAUUUACCCUUUCCAGCAAACGUUAUGUAAUCAGGUUUAGGUCUCGUCCGAACCGCAACCGGCAGAGGCGAGAGUGAAGGCGGAGGCUCGA